AUGUCUUCAGUCCGCUAUCAAUUCCUCCCCGGCCCAGUAGGAGAAAUGCUCCGCUCCGCUUCACUCGCAACAACCGCCACGAUCCCACUAUCAGGCUCUCUUGUCAUAACGACAGGUCAUGUCGGAGUAGACAUCAAAACAGGACAGCUCGUUACUAGCUCUAUAGAAGCCGAGUUCAACGCAGUGUUUGACUGCCUUGAUGCAGCACUCAAGAAUGCGGGUGUUACUAAGGGUCUUGCUUCAGCUCACAAGCUGGUGGCUUACUUUACCCGAGCUGAAGAUGAGGCAACGCUGCUAAGUAUCUUUCGCGAACGGUAUCCGGGACAGACCCCGACUUUGACCUCGGUUGUUGUGGCUGGGCUUGUUAAUCCGGGGAUGCAUGUUGAAGUACAAGCUGAAGCGAUCGCUAACUAA